UCUAUAGAAUGGACACUUUAUUCCAAUCAAUAGUUUUACUCACAUUGACAAUUGCCAUUACUUUGGGCGAUGUAAGUCAUUUUUUCUUCCCGGAAACGAAUUUGUUUCAAACACCUCAACAGCAGUUUUCACAUACACCUUUUCUAUACGCCCCACCUGUGUCGAAUCCUCUUCAGCCACCACAACAGCCUUCAUCAAUAAGUUCAACAACGGAGUUUUUCUUACCUGAGAUCAUAUCAAAUCGACGAUUCAAGGACCAGCGGCAACCACAACAAGGAAAUUUCAUCCCCCUUAACCAUUAUCUACCUCCACCUAUUGACGAUGGAAAUUAUCAUCAUCCCUCCCAACAGGAUCAAACUCCAUCGUUAGCAUAUUUACCAUCGAAAAUUGACAAACCAGUUGUUGUAUUGGAUGGGGAACCUGCAUCAGUAUCUCAAGGAUAUGACUACAAUGAACCAUCAAGUACGACUUCAAAUCCUAAUGACGAUGAGCUUCCUCUACAAUUUCCUUCGGCGCUUCUGCCUCCAGCUCCAAUUUUUAUUGGAGGACCACAACCAUCAGCAUCAACAACAACGACCAAAAACCCAAAUCAAGGAUACUCCUAUGAUGUACCAUCAGGAACCCCAUUCGAGGAUAAUCCAUCAACAGGUUUAUUUCAGGAUUCAGGAAUAGAUGGUAAAUCUCCGUCACAAGUACGUUUGCAUGUAAAAGAAAUGCGCUGUCUCGAUCACAACAAAGGAUUCUUUCGAGCAGUUUUGAAGAUUGAAAGUUUCCUUAGCACAACACCAACCAUUGAAAACGAUUCCAAUGAUCCAAAGUGUAGUGUAAAACUAAGUCGAAACUUACUCCUGGUUAAUAUUGAAGCAGAAGAUUUUCAAAAAUGUGGUGUCCAUUACUGUGGCAAGGAGCUUUGUCUACGUUUAAGAUUUCCAUCCAUAAGAGGAAUACGGACGAGCCAGGAUUCAUUGUUGGCGUUGCGUUGUAAGACUCAAAAUCGAAUUGCAGCUAAAACACAUGCCCUGAAGAUGGGAAUUGCAAAUGACUUGCAAGCUAGGAAUACGGCCGUUUAUGCACAUGGAGGGGUACAAAAUGAAUUUCGAACACAUAUCGAACUGCUUCGAAAGACUUUGAAUGGUUUUAGUAAGAAGCUAGAACCGAGUGCUGUGGUUCGGUUGGGAGAAGAGCUAUUGUUGAGAGCUCACGUUGGAUCAGGUGAUGGUUGGAACUUUACAAAACUCACUGACGUCAAUUUACAACUCAUAUCCCCGAACGGUGAUCUAACUCGAUCAGUGAAUCUAAUCACAUCCCAUGGAUGUGUGAAUCCAUCGAUGCGGAGUAUCUGUCCACAACCUCCAACUUUCGAACCACCACUUGGUCAUCGAUUUCUGUUCAAAGCUAUUAUGUUCCAAGAAAUGCACAGCGGUGAAGAAAUAGUUUUAAGUAUGAAAAUUACAGGAUGCUUAGAACAAAACGAUUGUCAUGUAAAUUUACAAGAUUGCAAUGGAGGAAAUAAUAAUUUUAAACGUCAAAAAAGGAAAGUAGAACAUAAUUCGACAAACUUUGCAGAAUUUCCAAGUAUAGCAUUUCGUGUUGCAAUGCCGGAUCAAGAAAUAGGGAGUCAAGUAGGUAGGGUUGAACCACAUGUCAUAACUCAGCGAUGGAUAUUAGUUGUUGUAUUAUUAAUUAUUGGAUCACUGUGUUGCUUGGGAAUGAUAAUUUGGUGCAUAGUUAAAAAACGUGCGAAUUGUUGA